ACAAGUCGCGUUAAUGAUAAGGCAAACGACGCCGCCGCCCAGUCGCGCGCGCCCUCCCGCCCUAGGCACGUCUCUGCUAAGCAUCAAAAAGAGCAGAUUUUAUUUUUUAAAUAUUAUUUCUCUCGAUGGAUAAGCCGUGGGCAGAUCCACACGCACCCGGCGGGACGCCAUGGGAAUACGAUUACGAAGAAAUUCACAAAAACUUCGAGACUACAACUAUAGGAAGGGUAGCUAGACCCGAAGCCAUGACAGCUCCGCGUGGGGUCCCCGCCUGGGACGAAUACCAUGGUAAUGCGUUGAGCGCUGCUUUAGGAGCUGUGGGGGGCGCCACGACCGUACUACUGAUUGUAGCCGUGGUUCUGAUGUGGAGGAAGCCAAGACGACGGCAAUUACCGCUCUUAGCGCCGAUGGACAUCGGACAUAACGAGAUGUUGAUUUCGAAAGAGCAGUGCCGUGUGCAGCCGUUGAAUUCGGACACCCGGGCUGCAACUUCUCUACCACAUGCAAGACUCACCAGGACACCGUCUAUAUCAUCUCAGAGUAGUUUGGACAGUGCCACUUCAAGAGCCACUAGUCAUCGUGGUUCGUCGCCUGCCAUUCGGACGUUCGCUCCUGACGGUCGUACUCUUGAAGCCGGAGGUGUGAACGUGCCGAGAUCACCGUCGCCUUUGCGUGCUGCUUCAUUGGACGUCCGUGCAGCUCCUCUAGCUCAUGGGUCACUAGCAUCUUUGGCAGACUCGCCAGCGCCACCAAGCCCGAGACAUGCCCCGCCUAGAUGUCUGUCGCCUUUGUUGAUGCCACCAAGACGAAUAGACCGGAGCAAUUCGCUGGUAGAGAGCAGCAGCGGUGCAGGACCACUGAGUCCAGGAGCCGGAGCAGCUGUUAGUGCUCUGGGAGCACUUCAACCUGAUCUCUACACUAAGAGGGAGGCGCCUCUCGUGAUAGAGCUCGAAGGGCUGGGACCUUCGCUUGGAAGACUACACUUACGCUUGAAAUAUGACUUCGAUAGAUCCGAUCUGGAAGUUCAUCUUAUUGAAGCCCAUGACCUGGCAGGAUACGAAGCAGGCGGGUUCAAUGACCCCUACGUCCGCGUCAGUCUCCUACCUGAAGUAGACACCCGCGUACGACAAACCCCAGUCCACAGGAACGAGGCGAAUCCGUUCUUUGACCAGCAUUUCAAGUUUCCCGUCUCGCAUGAUGAGCUCAGCGAUAAAACUCUCCUGCUCCAAGUGUUCGAUUACGACAGAUUCUCCCGUAAUGAAGUUAUGGGUUCGGCUAAGGUUCCGUUAUCGCGGGUGGAAGUAGCCGGUGGGGCUGAGGUGUGGGCGGAACUGUCUCGUGAACGACGUCCCCCUGAGGAGCUACAAGAAUUGCUGCUGUCAUUAUCUUAUCUACCCUCCGCCGAGCGGCUUACCGUCGUUGUGUUGAAAGCUAGGAAUCUUCUACCGCCACAAGAGGGGAAAGAAGCUUUGGAUGUAUAUGUCAAAGUGUAUUUACUGGUGAAUGGCAAACGAGUGAAGAAGAAGAAAACUAACAGGAAAGAGAUAAAUAAUCCAGUGUGGAAUGAAGCCCUUUCGUUCAGUCUACCCUCAGCUAAUCUUCAAGAGGCUUCUAUUGAGGUGUGCGUGGUGAGCGGCGGCAGUAGUGGUCUGGUAGUGGGGUGGUGCUGCGUGGGCGCGGCCGAGCCCGCUGCCGAGGGCCGGCACUGGGCACAAAUGGCGCACGAGACUCGCAAGGCCGUCGCCAUGUGGCACACGCUCAGAUAGACUCACAAUAAAACAUCUCUUACUGCACUUCACUACUCGUUAGUUUACACGUGGACACUGAGCAUUUUUUUCUAGAAAGAAUAUUGCAGGGCGGGAUGGCCUCGUCCAAUACCACGAAAAAUCCUUCCGUUGUACGUACUCCAAAACAUAGACCUUUGAGAGUACUGGUUUAAGGGGUUUCUGUGUACAAAGCGCACAAAAAAAUCUACUCUAAAACGGUUUUAUAAAGAGCCCUCUUUUUUUUUAAAGCUGAGCAAUCUAUUUACUGAUACCCGAUCGAGGGGGGUAACGAACCGGGUUGUCGGACUACAGAGCCUCCAGAAAGAAAGGGGGGGAGAAGAGAAGGACCGAGUCGGGCGCCCCCAUACCCGAUACUCGAUUAUAAAGAGCCCUACUAAACUACUACUACUACUAACUGAAUGAUUCUACGUUAUCAACGUUAGCAAACUACAUAUUUCUGCCGCGAAGAAAACGUUCCGGUUUAAAGAGUCUAUCCCAUACAAUUAAUGCUAGUUCUCAUGUCUCAAUACUGCAUACACAUGACGUCAUCUAGUCUUGUCAAAACACCCUAUCCACUUAAAUCUUUGUUAAAAUUAAAUUCUAAUUACUGUUACUGUUUACCAGCUUUACAAAAUGCAACUAUACGCAACAUCAUUGUGCGUGACGUCAUUCGUGGCCAAAAUAAGCAAUGAGCUAGCCGUAAUAUGAUGGUAAAGCUGCAUUUCAUGAAUAUUUCGGCAGUGGUGUUUUGAUUCUGCUGAUGGAUGGUAAAUUCUUAGAAUAUCUAUCAAAACUUUACUAGGUACCUAAGACAUCAUUCGUUGUGAAUGUUAAGUGUUCGAAUUUUCAGAUUUAUUAAUUUAUAAAUCACAUAAUUGUUAUAUCGCUUUUUAUCAAAACGUUUUUAAUUUAAAUAUACCAGUUUUUGUAGUGAAGUGCAGCAGUAGAGUUUACAAUAAUAAUUAUUAUUAUAAAAUGUACUUCUAAUUAAUAUUAACUCUUCACAAACAUUGACUAUAACACACCCUGCCUUCCUACACUUCGGAUAACAUCUGUGGGCACAUUAGUCCUAAUCAAAUAUUAGAUAAUAUAAAAUUUAUCGAAUUUAUCUAUCAUAAUGAAAUAUUAUUAAAUUUAUUGAAACACCAAAGAAUUCUUAUGAAUUGUUAUAUUUUUAUUGUAUUACAUAUAUCGAAAGACAUUUGUUAAAUAAUCGAUUAGAUUUGUUAUUUCAAGAAUCGAACAGAAAUGCGUUAUUUACAAGUGCCCACAGUUUUCCUACGAUAUAAUAAAUUUAGCUAAAUACCUAUCAGUAGUUGUUGAUGAUAGUCCCCUCUUGAACGGGGCUUUUUAUGAAUUAUAUCGAAUUUUAUUCCAAUAUAAAAAAUAUACGUACCUAUUUUAUCUAAUUAUAUGUAUCAGUAUGAUGAGAAAUGUAUUUUUCAUUUGUAUUUUCUUUACAAGU